GUGCCGCUCCUCCGCCCUGAGGGGAGGAGCAGCGCUAUGGGGGCGGGCCGAGCGGCGGGCACCGGCACCGAUGCACGGAGGGGACGAAGAGGAGGCGGCGGCGAAGGGGCCGCGAGUGAGGGCGGCGGGCACCCAGACCGACAGCAUGGCCGGUCAGAUCCCCAGGCUUUCUAAGGUCAAUCUUUUUACUUUGUUCAGUCUCUGGAUGGAGCUCUUUCCUUCUGCCGAACAACAGAAGAAAUCACAGGUAAAGAAGAGCGGUCUGGUUGUGGUGAAAAACAUGACGAUUAUUGGUCUUCAUUGUUCCAGUACAGACCUGCAUGCUGGUCAGAUUGCACUCAUUAAACACGGAUCGAGACUUAAAAACUGUGAUCUUUACUUUUCCAGAAAACCAUGUUCAACUUGCUUAAAAAUGAUUGUAAAUGCUGGGGUGAGCAGGAUUUCUUACUGGCCUGCAGAUCCUGAAAUCAGCUUGCAGAGUGAGGCAUCCAAUCCUGUGACGACCAGUGAUGCAAAGCUCGAUGCCAAAGCAGUAGAAAGGCUGAAGUCAAACAGUCGUGCUCGGGUGUGUGUGUUACUUCAACCCUUGGUGUGCUAUAUGGUGCAGUUUAUUGAAGAAACUUCCACCAAGCUUGAUUUUAUUCAGAAAAUAGCAAAAUCUCAACCUGACUUUAAUACUGACUUUUAUACCGCGUGUAGGCAAGAGAGAAUAAAAGAGUAUGAAAGUUUAUUCCUGAUUUCCAAUGAGGAAACACACAAGCAAAUAUUGAUGACCAUAGGACUGGAGAACCUCUGUGAAAAUCCGUACUUCAGCAAUCUUAGGCAAAACAUGAAGGAUCUGGUCUUGGUCUUGGCCACAGUGGCUGCCAGUGUCCCUGUCUUUGGUUGCUUUGGAUUUUACAGCAACGAACCACAGCCAACAAAUGAAACAUGCCAUCAGGGUUUGCCCCAGGAGAUUGCAAGGCACUGUAUGGUACAAGCCAGGCUGCUCGCCUACCGGACAGAGGAUCAUAAAACAGGAGUUGGAGCUAUUAUUUGGGCAGAAGAAAAAUCAAGAAGCUGUGAUGGAACAGGAGCAAUGUAUUUUGUAGGCUGCGGUUACAACGCCUUUCCUGUUGGAUCUGAAUAUGCUGAUUUUCCACACAUGGAUGACAAACAAAAAGAUCGGGAAAUCAGGAAGUUCAGAUACAUCAUACAUGCUGAGCAGAACGCCUUGACAUUCAGGUGUCGAGAAAUAAAGCCAGAUGAGAGAAGCAUGAUAUUCGUGACAAAAUGUCCUUGUGAUGAAUGUGUCCCUUUAAUCAAAGGGGCUGGCAUCAAGCAAAUCUAUGCAGGAGACAUUGAUGCUGGAAAAAAGAAAGCAGACAUUUCAUAUAUGAAAUUUGAUGAACUGGAGGGUGUAAGCAAAUUUACCUGGCAACUAAACCCAUGCCACCCUAAUGCUGUUGAAUUCUAUGAUGCCACAACGAGGGAAAAUGGAGUUCAGAAGACAAAAUCAAUAGAUGACCAGCAGCACCAGAACAAGAAGCUGUGUCUUGGUCACUAAUGAAUAAUCACUUAAGCACUUCUGCAUUCUUGCUCUGUGCUUUUUAUAACGCAGCCUGUUUGCACUUUGAAAUAAUGAAGGAUUUUAUUUAUUGUUUGGAAAGUGAUUUUUAGAAUAAGUUUAUUUAUGAUGCCUUGAAUGUUUUACGGAAUUACUUGAAGGUCUUUUUUUAAUUUAGAAGUUCCCGGGGAAAAAAAAUGCUGCUUGUAUUUUCUAUGAAAGUAAUUGGGUGGCAGAUUGUUGUUAAUGCAUAAAAAUACUGACAUUUGUUGCUGGUAGAUCAGAGGAAUAAUAAAGUAUUCUCUCUUGGCUUGUUGGAGGGACUGAGGAAACAAAUUUCUAAGUUCUGGGUUAGCAGAAUGCAGAAAUAAGCUGUGGUUCAAUAGAGUGGGCAAAGGAAGCUCCAAGAAGACGGUAGGCAAGUCAUCACUUGUAACUAGCCCAGGAAGUGGCUUUUGCUUCUCAGUCCGCUUGUGUAAUGGAGACACUGCCACUGAGACAGAAAUGGGUGUUAGAUAAGUGACUGGGAGAUCGUCUGUCUCUCAUAUAUAACUUCUUCCAACUACCAUGGCAGCACAGCUGUUUUCUUCUGUGGUUCUUGCAGUGCAGUGGUGUGUUCUUUGUGCUUCCUCAAGCACAUCCUAUCUGAAUUAUUCUAAACUUCUGCUGCCAUCCUUAAAACCCGGGAAGGAGAAUUGUGUCCUAAGAUUCUGCUGUAGUUUCUCUUUGUUCCUUGCAGGCUUUGGAUAGCAGAGCUGUGAUGGGACAGCAUGCAAAGCAGCGUAAGCAUAGCAUUAAUUGCAGGGAGACUGUUCUCACCCAGGCUGGUCCUACAAUUUAAGGUAGCUUCUUGAUGCUCACAACUGCAGCAAGGAGCUGAGAUUCCUUACGGCCCAUCAGAAAAGUUCAUAUCAGAAUUGAGGACUGCUUGUAUCCUUUUACCACCAUGAGAAUUUGCUUGUAGUGCAGCUGGAGGGAGCGCUUUCUCUCAGUCUAGUGAAGCUGAAGACAGCUUUGGGCUGCUGGGUGCUGCUGGGUGCAGUCAGCAGCAGAAAUCUUGCCAGGCAAGUGGCUGUUCACCACCACCACUGCUGCACUUUCCCAGGACCAGGGUGAAAAUACAACCCUGUUUGUCAGCCAAGGGAAGGAUGGUGAAAUCCACUUUUUGCAUCACACCUCAAAAAAGUGCAUUUGCACAGCAGCUCUUGAGGAAGUAUCUGAACUGCCACUUCUCUGUCUGAACCGCCACCAGGUCUUGUGGUCCAGAGCACAGGGGAUGAGAUCCUGGACCUGCAGGGUGUCUGUGUCUCUAUCAGACAAGAGAGUCCAACUUGGGCCUGAGGAGGGCGUUCCUGUUCUGGAUGUUGUGCAGCCUUCACAAACUGGUUUUCUUCCUCAUCAGGUUUCAUGGCUUGUAACUUCCAUUUGAGGUUAAAGAUGGAUAUGGGUGCUUCACAAACAAGACUGUCAUUAUCACCUGUUUUAAAUCAAAUCUUUUACUUUGUCAUACUGUUUCCCUUCCAUUUCUUGCAAGCAUCCUGUGUUAGAGUGAUUACUCUUGGCUUUUCCUACAGAUUAGAAGAACACUGCCAAGAUUAAAGCACUCCUGUACCCUGAAACCUUCGUGUUUCCAUCAUCCAUCGGCUGUGCUUGAGGUAGAAGCAGGGAGAAAAGAGGUGCAGGUUUAAGGCCUCUUGAGGUUUUAUCCUCAUCAGUCAGCUGGUAUCAGAACAGGGAAAGAAGUCUGUCUUUAUGGGAACGGCUGAGAUGGAAAAGUCCCUGCAAGGUGAUGGGUGGCCUGGGAACAGUACGCACCAAAUACCGCACACGUUAAAGAACUGCAUCGCAGUGGAUGCUGCUGGUAACCUUCAUGAGGAGUUCAGAUUUUACCUUCAGUUUUUAUUGAUGUUUGUUUUUAAAGGGAUUUUUGUACAAAACUUUCUGUGAAACCUGGAAUUGCUUCUAAGGCUGAAGGCUUGCAAGUCUGACCUGCUGUCACGCCAGCUUUGGACAGAUUCCUCCUGAGCUUCACAAAUGCCUGCAGGCUCUGAUGAUCCGCAUGACUCUGCUUUGUCUCCUGCUGGGAUUGCAGAGUAGGAACAACGUGAGCGGGGGUUUCUGUGAACCCCACAGGCCGUGCAGGCACUGCUGUGCUUCUCAUCCUGCCCAGGGGAGGUGCAUGAGGUCGGGCAUCUCCUGCACUGCUGCUGCAAAUGAACUGUAGGGUGUUUGUUUCUUACUUCCAAAGAAGAAUGUAUGUAAAGUUACGAAAUGUAAACGCUUUAUAUUUUAUAUACACAUAUGACGUUUCUGUACACGUUUCGGGUCCCUUUUCCAUUCGUUUCAGAGCAGCCCUUUCAAUUGCAGGUAUCAGCUACUGCAAACGCUUUGGUCUCUUGACUGAGAAUUACAGAAAUUCUCUGCUACUUGUUUGCCUUACAGCAAAAGAUGUUUUCUGCUAAUAAACGAUUCCGGCAGUAAGUA